UUUAGAUGUCAAUAUAUAAACAAAAUUUUCUUCACAUUCUUCUUCGUCAUCUGUCUGCGUCUUCUUCUUCAGGCCGUCAAAGCAAAACCCUAGAAACCCAAUUGGGUUGUGGUGUGAAAAAUGACAACAGUUCCAGGGCAAUUAGUGUGGGAAAUCGUGAAGAAGAACAAUUCCUUUUUGGUGAAGGAGUUUGGUAAUGGUUCCGCUGGCGUUGUGUUUAGCAAAGAGCCUAACAAUCUUUGCAAUCUUCACUCUUACAAGCACUCUGGCCUAGCAAACAAGAAAACUGUGACCAUCCAGGCUGGAGGCAAAGAUCAAUCCGUGUUGCUAGCUACAACGAAGACCAAGAAACAGAACAAGCCUUCUAGUUUGCUGAACAAAUCUGCAAUGAAGAAGGAGUUCCGCCGCAUGGCCAAGGCAGUAACAAACCAGGUUGCAGACAACUAUUACAGGCCAGAUCUGAAGAAGGCAGCCCUUGCAAGGUUGAGUGCUGUUAACAGGAGCCUCAGGGUCACCAAGUCUGGCGUGAAGAAGAGGAACAGGCAGUCUUAGUUGCAUGAGUGUUACAUUGUGUUUGCAAUGGCAUUGCUGUCUCCUGUCAUUAAGUACCAAAGUUUUGUUUUUCAAUUUUAUAUUUGAUUUUCUUUUUUCAAAAAGCUAUUGGUAAGGGGCUUUGCUCCGUGCUUUUGGAUUGAAGGCAUUAUGAUCAUUUAGAAAGUAUCUGUUUAAUUUGUGGAA